UAUAAAUUUAGCAGCUAUUAUAUCACAAAAAGGGUGCCAAUUCUUGGUGCGGAGACACAAGCACGGUACUUGUACUGUACUAGUACUCACACAGUGCCAUUCCAAGGAGGGAAGCGCGAGGCCUCUAGUCGAACCCCCGAUUCUUUGCUCGACGGCCCCCAGAGCCGAGCGGCUGCGGAUUUAAUAAUCAGCGGCAUGUUAUACUAGAGCUUUGGAUUCCAAGACAUUGCCUUUCCUCGGCGAAAACACGAGCUCUUCAGAAUACGAUACCUUAGGCGUAGUGGCGCUGUGUCACCUUACUUUAUGGCCUUAUUGAGGUGUAAAAAUAAUGCCCUGCGCACUUCUCCGAUAAUUGCCCUCUGGAUGGUGGCCGACCGGGUGUGGGAGAUUAAGGUUUUGCACCCAGCUGUCGAUCACGGGGUGUAACUUAACUUGAUGGUCUCUCAAUACGAGAUGAUGCAAAUUGAGGUGGGCGGGUUAGGAUCGUUACUGUAGGCUAAGUCUAUUGGCUUACACGAGGUACGGUGUGGUGUUGUGUUCCCUGGAGGGUAUCUGGUAAGGAAGAUCGGUGGAGCUCCCGCUGUAGCCAAUAGUCUGAGGUGUUAUUCAAUACUGGGGACAGAUAUAUAACUAUUGCAGAGAACAGAAAAAUUCCUCCCCGGUAUCGCAAUUGCCAUCUACAUACCUUUCCCCAAACCGCCAGAACCAUGAACCUCCAACGCCCCCACUACCUCUUCUCCCUCCUGCUCCUCCUCAUUCUACAUACAGCGUCCACCACCGCGCGCUGCACAAUUAACUACAAUACCUCCUUCUCCUUAACAACCGACAGGUCCCUCAACCCGGACCUAAACAACCUUCACCCCUACCUCUCCAACUCCCAGCUAACCAUCUCUCCGCCUGACCGCCCAUUCCCAGUAAGCGUGAUCCCCUUCUUCCGUGGCGGCAGCAUCUACCGCUACGCCGACGGCGGCGCGCCCGAGGACCUGGAGCAAGGCUAUCUAGAGAAGAAUCCCGGCGGCCCAGACACCGGGUACGUCUUCAAGUUCAGCAGCAGAGUUCCCACGGGAGCCAUCACCGGCAGGUUCGAGAUCGGGUGCUCUGAGCAGGGGAGACACAUAUUGAGCCUAAACGGAGACUUGAGGUGGCAGGCUUGUCGGGGCGGGUAUAGGAGGGAAUGGAGAAUUAGUAGGGGGGUUAGUGAUAGGGAUUGCCCGGCGGCGGAUUUGUGGUUUUGGAUCGAUUAUGUUCGGCCGUUGUAAGGGCGGUGGGGGGUGGAAAUUUGAGGACCAAUUUAGCUCUCGGUCGAUUUGUUAGGGGGGUUAUCAUAGGACCUGUAUCAAUUGGUGCGCGGAAUUACUCUUUAGGAGGCAGCAUGAUCUGUUAUCAGUACUAUCAUUCACGCAAGCUGCAAUAGUUACCAUUGUGCCAAA